UGUGAAAGACUUCCCUUUAAACACUCCCAGUUAUUUAAAGACUUGGAGCUCUGCAGGCCAGUCCCAGGACUCUCCUGGAGUCUCAGUGGCAGUUUAAUCCCCUGGACUCUCUCCAUCCUAAAGGCCACCUACCCUGGAGCCCACAUUACUCUGGACAAUAUUUCCACUCAUGUUCUAAAGAUUAAGAUGGAGCUUGAAGGUUCACGUGUCCAGGAUGACCCACACGUCAAGCUGAUGAUGGGUGGGUCCACUCUGAGGAAGAUCAAGUCCCGCUCCUGGAAGAAGCAGCGGCAUUUUCGCCUGCUGGAGGAUGGACUGACGAUUUGGUACAAAUCCAGAUGGGCAGGAAAGGGCCACUCAACCUUCUCAGUGAUGGACCUGGAAGCAGUGCGUGAGGGCCAUCAGUCUGAGGUCAUGCUGAGCAUCGCUGAAGAAUUUCCCUCUGAGCUCUGCUUCACUUUGGUGUUUCAUGGACGCCAAGGAAACCUAGACCUCGUGGCCGACUCUCCAGAGGAGGCCCAAGCUUGGAUCCAGGGAGUCCGCAAGCUGAUUCACAAAGCCCAAACCAUGGAUGAACAGGAGAGGCAAGACCAAUGGGUGCGAGACUGGUUUCAGAAAGCCGAUAAAAACAAGGAUGGGAAGAUGAACUUCAAAGAAGUGAAGACGCUGCUGAAGAUGAUGAAUGUGGAAAUGAAUGAAGAUCAUGCUCUGCAUCUGUUUACAAUGGCUGACAAAUGGGAAAGCGGUUCCCUAGAAAUCGAGCAGUUUGUCCACUUCUAUAAGAUGCUGACUCAGAGAGAUGAGGUGUGGAAGGUGUUCCAGGACUAUUCUGGAGAUGGAGAGAAGUUAACAUUGGAGGAACUGGAAAACUUUCUGAGGGUUGAACAGGGCGAAGGUGACCAGAGUUCCAGGCAUGCCCAGGAGCUGAUCCAGGCUUACGAACCCUCUGAGACGGCCAUGAAUCAGAGCUCCAUGUCCCUGGAAGGCUUUCAGAUGUACCUGUGUUCCCAGGAGGGCUCCAUAUUUAAGCCGGAGCUCCUUGAACUUCACCAGGACAUGAGCCAACCAAUCAGCCAUUACUUUAUCUCCUCCUCACACAACACCUACCUCCUGGAGGACCAGCUGAGAGGGCAAAGCAGCCUGGAGGCAUACAUCCAAGCCCUGAAGAGAGGCUGUCGCUGUGUGGAGGUUGACUGCUGGGACGGCAGUGACGGGGAACCCAUCGUCUAUCAUGGCCACACUCUAACUUCAAAAAUCCUCUUCAAGGACAUUAUUUCAACGCUUAAAGAGUACGCCUUUAAGGUGUCCGACUAUCCUGUCAUUGUGUCUCUUGAGAACCACUGUGGGGUGGAGCAGCAGACCAUCAUGGCCAAACAUCUUCGCCAAAUUUUGGGCGAGAUGCUAUUGACGGCCCCGCUGGACGGACAGACACCUCAGCUGCUUCCCUCGCCUCAGGAACUGAAGGGAAAGAUUUUGCUGAAAGCCAAGAAAAUUGGCGGGCUAGAACCAUGCCUGGAUGAAACUCUGACUGAUGAGGUUAGCGAUGAAGACGAAGCCGCCAAUGGUGACACAGAAAGCCCCUGCACAGAAGAUCCACCAGCAGAGACGACGAACAAGAAGUCCAAAUUGUCCAGAGAAUUGUCCGACCUGGUGGUUUACUGCAAGAGUGUUCACUUCCAUGGCUUUGAGCAUGCUCAAUCUCAGGCCAAGUGUUAUGAGGUGUCUUCAUUCUCUGAAUCCAAAGCAAAGAAGCUUGCUAAAGAAGCAGGGACACAGUUCAUUCAGUACAACACUCGGCAGCUGAGCAGAACCUACCCCAGUGGACUGAGGACAGAUUCCUCCAACUACAAUCCACAGGACAUGUGGAACGUGGGGUGCCAGAUAGUGGCUCUAAACUUCCAAACAGCCGGUCUGGAGAUGGAUCUGAAUGAUGGUCUCUUCAGGCAGAACGGCUGCUGCGGUUACGUCCUCAAGCCCAGCUUUAUGAGAGACAGCAAAAGUCAGUUCAGUCCGGAAAGACCAGAAGACCGACAGGGUUACAAACCGCUUCGCUUGUCAAUACAGGUGAUCAGUGCUCAGCAGCUACCAAAGGUGAACCAGAAAGAGGGAUCGAUUGUAGACCCACUGGUCAGAGUGGAGGUCUACGGUGUCCCUCAGGACCAGGCCAAGGAGGAGACCAGCCACAUUAACAAUAAUGGUUUUAACCCGGUCUGGAAUGAAACUCUGAAUUUCAUCAUCCACACCCCUGAGCUGGCGCUGGUCCGCUUCGUGGUGGAGGACUACGACAAGGCGUCCAGGAACGACUUCAUCGGACAGUUCACUCUUCCGUUUACGUGCAUCCAGCCAGGGUACCGACACAUACACCUGCUAUCUAAAGACGGAACCUCCAUCCCUCCUUCUUCUGUUUUUGUUAACAUUAGCAUUUCAGAGCUCACAUGAAGAAGUCAACAAGUUCAGUGUCCCCUCCAAACUUUAGUCAGUAUUAACAUGUUUAAAUGUCUUACAUG